AUGCAAUUCUACUCUGGCGACGGCAGUGCGACCCCGUCGCUACCCGUGGUAGCCCCCGCGCCGCCAGCUGGCCCUGCCGCCGCGGAGGCGGAUGCCGCGGCGGCCUCCCAGCCGACCGCAACAAGCAAGUUCUGGACGCUGCCGUUCUACCAGCAUUUUUUCGACAUCAACACGCGGCAGUUACUGCUUCGCCUCAGCAACACACUCGCCCCACUGAACCCACCAGACUUCCUGAUGGAUCGCAACUGGCACUUCAACGAGUCUGUCGGUGCCGAUGGGGCCGGCGGAAUGGCGGAAGAGGCGACUCUUGAGGAGGCGGGCGUGGUGCUGUCUCGCAAGCCGGACCUGUACGGACCCUUCUGGAUCUGCACAACCCUCUGGAUGACCUUAGCGGUGGUCAGCAACAUCAUGAGCAGGAUUGCCUACACAAAGAACAACGACAAGACGAACCCGUGGAGGUACGACUUCUCCGUCGCCUCCGUCGCGUACGCCGUCAUUUACCUCUACUGCUUUGUCUUUGGUGCCGUUGUGUGGGGCAUUAUGCAGUGGAAGAACUUGCCUGCCACCCUCGCUGACACCGUCUGCUUGUACGGCUACAGCAUGUUCAUCUUUGAGCUUGUGGCUAUCCUCUGCAUGAUCCCGUCUAGUACCGCGCAGUGGUGCUUCGUAAUGGUCGGUGGCGCCUGGUCCACAGCCUACCUGCUCAUUAACAUGUGGCACAUGUGGAAAACAACGUUGGAGCGGAACUGGUUCAUUGGCCUGGUGGUCCUCGUGGCGGGCUUUCACAUGGGUCUCACACUCUCCUUUAAGUUCUAUUUCUUCAACUACAAGCUGUAG